GGUUUCAUGAAUCGCGUCAGUUUCGGGUAGUUACAUUGUUACGGUAUGGCUGAUGUGGGCCUAAGUUUAGAUGACAUAAUUAAAAAAUCAAAAUCAUCAGGAAUGAGAAGCAGAGGUGGAGGCGUUCGAAGAGGUACUAAUAGAGGUGCAAGAGCUAAUGGUUCGCUAAGAGGACGUGGUUCACAAGUAAUUACUGAUGCAAGAUUUAAAAUUAUACAAAAAAAUCGAGAAAAACUUACAGAUGCAAGAGAUAAACUUGCUGAAAUUGCUAAACAAAGCGAUGCUAGAUUAAAAUUAGAUAAGAUUCGUGCAUCACAGUUUAAAAAAAUAGAAGCACAGAUACCUGGAAUAUCUCAGAAAACAGGUCGUAAUGGAAGAUUAUCUUUAUCUACUAAUAAAAUGCCACCAAUUAUGCCACAUAAUGUUCCACCAAGUAUUUCAAAUAAUUAUAUGCCACCACCUUCAAGAGCAGUAGGUUAUAGACCACCUCCACUUGCAGAAUCUCAUUAUAUGGGAAACAUGAAUAUGGAUUUUAUCGAUGAUUAUAUGAUGGAAACAGCACCUUUAAGAAGAACUGUGAGUAACGAAUAUGCUCCUACACCACCUCCUCCACCUCCAGCUUUCAGUAUUAAACCUGCAUCAUCUUAUACAUGGGUAAAACCAACAAGCAGUAAUGUAAUAAGAAUCGUACCUUCUCACAAACCUGAUGAUGAUAGAGAACGUGAGAGAGCAAGAGAUUAUAAAGUUAUUGCACGUUUUCCAAUGACAAAACCUGCAUCUCCCUCAUAUAAAGAAGAUUGGAGUUUUGGCACGAAAUCGCGGACUAUAUUAGCAGAAGACACAGUAGAUUCCAAAUAUUACGAUUCAAGAAGUCAUAGAGACAUUGGAGUAAAGUCAAGAUUAGAUUCAGUUCCAAGUAAAUCGCGAAAUAUGGAUGUUUUAUCUCGAUCUAAAACAAGUUCCAGUUCAUCGUCACAAUCUACUGGUUAUCGAAUUGUCGUAUCAAAUUUACAAGCAAAUGUAACUCAAGAAGAUAUCAAGGAAUUAUUCGAGGAUGUAGGAGAAUUGUUAGUAUCUCGUUUAGUACGACCGGGUACAGCGGAAGUAAUUUAUAAAACAUUAAAGGAUGCUACUAAAGCUGUUGAAACUUAUCACAAUAGACAAUUAGAUGGACAUCCUAUGAAAUGUCUUCUUGUAAAUCCACGACCAAAAAAUAAUCCAACUGGACCAGCUGUUAGAUCUCUUACAGAAUCAAGGAGAAGUGUUAAUUCAAGUUAUGUACAACCAAGUUUAGGAGCAGUACAUCGUGCAUUAUUCGAUGAUUCUUAAUCAAAUAUCUUAAUCAAUUUUGAUUCGAAAUUGCCAUAUAUAAUGGCAAAAUUUUAUUCCAAAUAUUUUUAAAAGUGAAAUAAAAAACAAAAAAAAAUAGAAAAAAAUGAUUAAGAGAUCAAAUGACAGUAAUACAUAAAGAAAAGGAGUUUUGAAUGGAAUUUGUAUUUAUGGAACAUCACAUGUAUCUUAUUUUUAAUUUAUAUAUUGCAAUUGAAUGGAAUUAACGUAAUAGCAAGUGAAUUGAAUGUUAUUAUAAAUAGCAAAUACAAGAAUGCUUAAAUGUACAUUUAAAUGUAGUCAAUAAAACAAAAAGCAUUUAGGAAUUUGUAACAUUUCGUUGUUUUGGAUUCGCGCUUAUGCGAAGUUUUAAAAAUUACAAAAAAAUGUGUAUAUUACACUACAAUUGUUACACUGCGAAUGUAAAAAAAAUAUAUGCCAAUUCUUUAAAGUCUUUUAUAGUGUAAUGUUCAAUAAAUAAAAAAAAUUAUAUGGUUUUUUAUAGGAUACCGAAUAGAAAGGAAUUAAGUGUUACUACGAGAUAGAAUGUACUGACUAAGAUAAAGAUAUUUUAUUUACUCGAUAUAAGAUGAUCAUAAUAUU